AUGGAGGACUCGCCGACUGGUUCUAAGAAUGAAAAGGAAGAGAAGACAAAUACUAAAACUGUCGAUGAUGACGCAAAAACUCUGCACUUGCCAUUCCCGCCCAAAUCUUCCUCGCCUCCUUCAUCUCACAAAACUUCUUCCAUGGAAAUACCCUCUGCCCAGGAAGAUGAGGAUGGUAGCGGCAUUUUAUUGGAAGUGGACAGCACCAAGUUGAAAGUUUAUGAAUCGUUGAAAAACGUAUCAAAGGCUGCUGCCACUACUUCCGGUACAAACGUGUCAACAACCUACCAGAGAGUCAACCGCCUACAUGGAAACACUCGCUCGCCAUCUUUUCACCGAAAGUCACGAGACAGGGGCCAGCACACGGACGAUAGAUCACGUGUCAGGCUGCGAAGUCGCGAUGGCUGGUUCAGUGAUGAUCGCCAAAUGAUCAGACCGUUCUACGUGCUCGGAGCUGCAGGUCUCUACAUCCUCAUGACCUGGCUGCACAGGUUCUUCAUUUCAAACAGUGGACAUUAUUACUUCUACCAGUGA